CGUUACCGUUAAUGUACAUCUGGAGUUUCCGCUCACCAUCCCCUCAGUGGGUGUGGGGUUUUGCUUCCUAUUUAUAAAAUCUCCACCUUCCAUUUGUUCAUUCUUUCGACUCAUCCUUCAUUAAAUCUUUUCUUUCUUACAAUUCACACCCUGAUAAUUAAAUAUCUCACAGUUAUACCCUUUUUCUCUUUGCAUAAUCAGAGACCUGAUUUUGACUCGUCUUUCUGCAACAACACCAGGUUGUAAUACUUUUCUUCAAUUCAACUUUCUUGAAAUCACAAGAAUUUUGCUAAAAAAUUCUUUAAAUUGAAAAAAAAAAAAAACAGUCAAGCAGUCAAUGCUUGUUACAUAGGAUGGACUCUCGUUAUUCCGGCUACAGUUACAGUUCCUCCGGCACAGACCUACCGUACUCCUCGUACCCUGCAGUUUCCUCCAUACCGACAAGACUAUUGAAAUUCGAUUCAAGAAACUCGCCCAAUUCGCCCUUGUCCACGCAUUUCGAAUCCGAAACCCUAACCCCACUCAGCGACAGCCAAGGUUCUACCGACAAUCUUUCCGAAACUACCCCUUCGUCGAAUUCUUCACUGGAUUACAGCACCUACCUCCAACAAUCAAGAACCUCUCACACACCUUAUUUCCCUCCAAAUGCAAACAACAACAACAACAGCAACAACAUAAGACAUGCUUUGCUGGAGCUAGAGAGCGCUCUCAUGGCACCCGAUCUCGAAGAGGAAGUGACGACAUCCGGCCGCAGUAGUAGAUCAAGAGCGUGGAGCCAAGAAAACCAAACCGAAUCGCCACAUCAUCAUCACUCGUUCGACCAAUCCCACCUCGAGAAACGCCGAAAAGGGAUGGAGGACGAUUUCCCACCGCCACCACACGUGGUGGUGCCGCCUCCUAAUAAUCUCAAGCAGCUGCUAGUUGCGUGCGCUCGAGCUCUACACGAGAACAGAAUAGCCGAGUUCGAGAGGCUGGUGGAGCUUGCUCGCGCUAAUGUCUCAAUCAGUGGUGAGCCGAUCCAGCGCUUGGGCGCGUACUUAAUCGAGGGCUUAGUUGCGAGAAAAGAAUCUUCCGGAACAAAUAUCUACCGAACCCUAAAGUGCAACGAGCCCGACAGCAAGGACUUGCUAAACUACAUGCACAUCCUAUACGAGAUAUGCCCGUAUCUCAAAUUCGGCUACAUGGCAGCCAAUGGGGCAAUAGCCGAAGCAUGCAAGAACGAGGAUCGAAUCCACAUCGUCGAUUUCCAGAUCGCUCAAGGCACUCAAUGGAUGACUUUGUUACAAGCCCUAGCCGCACGACCAAGCGGGCCCCCACAUGUUCGAAUAACGGGGAUAGACGACCCCGUUUCGAAGUACGCACGUGGUGAAGGCCUAUCGUUGGUCGAAAAACGAUUAGCCGCGAUUUCUGAGAAAUUCAAGAUUCCCGUCGAGUUCCACGCAAUUCCAGUAUUCGCCCCCGAUAUUACUAAAGAGAUGCUUGAUGUGAGGCAAGGGGAGGCACUGGCGGUGAAUUUUCCACUACAGCUCCACCACACACCAGACGAGAGCGUCGACGUCACGAACCCACGAGACGGGCUUUUGAGAAUGGUGAGGUCGCUCUCACCGAAAGUGGUGACGCUUGUAGAGCAAGAAUCGAACACGAACACAGCUCCGUUUGUGCAGAGGUUUGUGGAGACAUUGGAUUACUACUCGGCUAUAUUCGAGUCGAUUGAUGUGACGAUGGGGAGGGAUAGGAAGGAGAGGAUUAACGUGGAGCAGCAUUGUCUGGCGAGGGAUAUGGUGAACAUUAUCGCGUGCGAAGGGAAGGAGAGAGUUGAAAGGCACGAGCUUUUGGGGAAGUGGAGAUCGAGGUUUAUGAUGGCGGGGUUCAGGCAGUUUCCGUUGAGUGGGUACGUGAAUUCGGUUAUUGGAGGGCUGUUGAGGUCGUAUUCCGAGCAUUAUACUUUGGUGGAGAAAGACGGAGGGAUGCUUCUCGGGUGGAAGGAUAGGAAUCUUGUUUCGGCUUCUGCUUGGCAUUGAGAAGAAAUACAUAGUGAAUUUGUAGACGAUGUUGUUGUAAGUUACGUUAUAAAGACCCCUCUUUUUUUCUUUCUAGUAUUUAUCUGAAUAAGUAUGAUGAUUAUAGAAUAGUUUCAUUUUGGUUACUGGGGAAUUGUAGGUUGUAAGAUUUGUGUCUGUCUAAGGAAUUGAGCACUGUCUAUGAAUAUACAUAUUUCGGGUUUAUGUCCCGACAUCUCCAACAUGUUUUUUUUCUGCC